AUUGCGGGCGGAGACGUGAGGAGGGAGUGGAGCAAACACGCUGUAGUGCUUUUAUUUCUAAUCGCCUUGCGUUCUGUUUGGAUCCGUGUUGAUGCCGCGGUACCGGGGAAGCCGCUGGCGCUGCCAGGAGAGCCGUCCGGACUGAAACACUGUCCGGUUUCGCCACAUAUAUUUGACCAUCACGUUUUACUGUUUUUUUUCUUUCGAUGGCGCAGAUAAAGAGGAUGUGGGAAACACCGCCGAGGAGACUGGGCGCGACUGAGCGGUUUUUGUCCCCAGGUGGAGCAACCUUUACAGCUGUGUUUCUGAACAUGUGGAGUGCUGGACCUCAGAGAAGGACGAACAAAAGGGCCGCCAUGCUGCCGGGGUAAUAUUGUAACGCGAUUUGAAGGCGACGCAAUGGCUGAGAAUGAGACUAAUCUGAGGACGGCCAGGAUAUGGCGAGACGCAGCGUUACGCUCCAGGAAACUGAGGAGCAACCUGCGCCAGCUCACUCUGAGCACCAGCAACAACCAGAAAAUCACCUUACCCGAUGACAUCAAGGAGAUUGAAGUCCUCAACCUGGGCAAUAAUUCCCUUCAAGAGCUUCCCGAGGGUUUGGGCUGCACUCUGAUCAAGCUUCGCAUCCUCAUCCUCCGGAGGAACAAGUUCACCUCCGUGCCCUCUCCUAUAUUCCAGCUCUGUCACUUGGCUGAGCUGGAUCUUAGUCACAACUGCCUGAGCCAUUUCUCGGAGGAUAUUGAGCAUUUAAAGGGGCUGAAAAAGCUCUGCGUGAGCCACAACAAGAUCCAAUACCUGCCCUCCCAAAUUGGGACGUUGCAGGCCCUGGAGGAGUUUGACGUGAGCUUCAACGAGCUCCGUGAUUUCCCCAGGUCCUUCACGCAGCUGAAGAAGCUCAGGACGCUUGACGUGGACCAUAACAAGCUCCAAAAUUUCCCGCCGGAGCUUCUUGCCCUCAGCGAUUUGGAGGAACUCGAUUGUUCAGGGAAUAAACUAGAGGGCCUGCCAGGCAAUAUCACGAUGCUGCAGUCUCUGAAAAUAUUGUGGCUCAGCGGCACCCACAUCUCCUCUUUACCCGAGACCUUCUGCGAUCUUCAGAACCUGGAGAGUUUGAUGCUCGAUAACAAUUCCCUUGCAGCGCUGCCGCGGUCGUUUGGAAAAAUGCAGACACUGAAAAUGCUCAAUCUGUCAUCCAACUCCUUUGAAGAUUUUCCUCAGGUUAUACUUGCAAUCACUAGUUUGGAGGAGCUGUAUUUGAGCAGAAAUAGGUUGUCUUUCCUCCCAGAGGAACUUGGCCGGCUGUCUAAUCUCGCUAAUUUGUGGUUGGACAAUAAUAGAAUAACGUUUCUCCCAGACUCCGUAGUGGAGCUGGAGAAACUGGAGGAGCUGGUGUUACAGGGUAACCAAAUUGCCAUCCUGCCAGACAAUUUCGGCAAGCUCGCCAAAGUGAACAUUUGGAAAGUUAAGGACAAUCCUCUCAUACAGCCUCCGUAUGAGGUGUGCAUGAAGGGCAUCCCUUAUAUAGCUGCCUAUCAAAAGGAGCUUGCCCAUGCCCAGACUGCUGUGAAACCAAGACUCAAACUUGUUUUGAUGGGGCAGACGAAUGCAGGGAAAACUAAGCUCAGGCAGUGCAUCAUAAGUAAACCGUUAGAUGCUAAGACAAUAACUGGCGGUAGAGGGAUCGAUGUGACGAACUGGGUAGCAGAUGCUCACCGCAGUCUUACAUUUAUCGUGUAUGAUUUAUCAGGGAAGCAGAAUUAUGAACUCAUUAAACCAUUUUUCCUCUCGCCAGGAGCUCUGUACAUAGUGGUGGUGAAUUUGAAGUCGUAUACAUGUAAGACUUUCUACUCCAGCGUAGGCUAUUUCCUUCACCUGCUCAGUGCCAAGGUGCCCCAUGCAGUGGUGUGUGUUGUUGGAACGCACAUUGACCUUUGUACUGAGGCAGAAUUGGAGGAAAAGUGCUUGGAUAUCCACAGACAGAUCUCUCUGCAGGAAAAGAGAGACACGGAGAGUCUGCGGACACUCGCUAAGCAGGUGGACAAAGCCUUGGAACAGGACUAUGAUGUCAGGGCUUCAAGCCCUCAUGUACUGUUUUAUGGAGUCUCAGACAGGAACCUGAGACGUAAAAAAGCCCAGCUGCAGUACAUGCUGAACAAUCGGCUGCAGAUCCUGUCCCCGGUCUUUUGUGUCAGUUGUGUGGAAACGAGAAAUAUCCAACGAUUAAAGGAGAAACUCAUGUCUGUCGCAGAUCAUCGCGAUAUCUUCCCUAACCUUCACAGAGUACUGCCGAAGUCGUGGCAGAUGCUGGAGGAGCUUCAUUUCAAGCCGCAGGACCUGUGGCUGUCGUGGUGGGACUCAGCUCGCCUGGGUCUGCAAGCGGGACUGACGGAAGACCGUCUGCAAAGUGCACUGUCGUACCUACAUGAGAGUGGCAAACUGCUGUACUUUGAAGACAGUGUAACACUUAAAGAAUUUGUCUUCCACAAUCUGCCACGGUUCAUCGCCGUCUUGAACGUCUUCUUUCAGAAGGACCUUACUGCCAUGCUGGAAAAAUUAAACGCUGAAAGUGACACAGAGGAGAAUGUCACUUCAUCACAAAUCCAGCAUCACGUGGAAAGCUUUCUGCUGCACGGCCUGCUGCCUUCCAAUGUCAUCCGGCAGCUCCUCAAACCUCUCGUGCAGACGCAGCAGGACUUGCACCUUAUUAUGGAGCUGCUUGAAAAGAUGGGGGUUUGCUACUGUGUCAACAAACCUCGCAGCAAACCACCCAACGGGGCGCCUUUGGUUUACAAGUUCCCCAGUCUGGUCAGCAGUGAGGAGCUCAACACUGAACCCUGGCAGAAUGGAGGCUCAUCAGUUCCUGGUCAGUUCUUCUCGGUGGAACAGUUGCAGAUUGAGUAUAGCUUUCCGUUUCUCAUCCCUCCUGGACUUUUUGCACGGUUCAGCGUGCAAAUCAACAACCAUGUGGUGCAACGCACCGAUGGAAAGGAUUACAUCUUUGCCUACCGGGGUAAAGUGCCUGUCAUGGUGAACUACCGGCCUUCUCGAAACAGACUGCACCCGGAUACGCUUGCCAUUUCUAGUCAUGCAUCUUUACCAAAUAUCUGGACAGCUUGGCAGGCGAUUACUCCACUGGUAGAGGAGCUGAACGUUCUUCUGCAGGAAUGGCCUGGUCUCCAUUAUUCUGUACAUAUCCUGUGUUCCAAGUGCCUGAAGCGAGGGUCACCCAACCCACAUUCCUUUCCAGGAGAGUUGCUGAGCCAGCCUCGACCCGAGGGCCUGACCGAGAUCAUCUGCCCUAAGAACGGCUCAGAGGGCGUCAACGUGGCCCUUGUCUACCCUCCCUCUCCCACUCUGAUCAGCCCCAGUCCCAAAUGACAAACAUCUCCUCCAGCACAGCAAACUGACUGUAAACGCUCUCACACACCCUGCUGCACCUCUGUCUUCCCUGUAACACACACACACACACUAGAUGGAGUUACUUCAGUGUGUGUGUGUGUGUGUGUGUGUGUCUUGCCUCCACUCCGCGUGUGCUCAGAAGACGACGAUGUGAUGUGAUGAGUUCCACAGGAGCCAGUGUGGAGACAUGCUUUCAGCCAUGUUCACACAUGAAGACAUGAAGAUUCUCACACACUGCAGUUAACAAGCUCGUGCUGCUGGUUGUCAAAGAAAGAACAGUAUUAGGAAUCACAGAGCCGAAGUCUCAGACCCAGAUCGUCGUGGAGUUCUCUGUGAGAAGCUCGAUGUUUAUCCAGUCACUGCUAAACAGGGAAGAAGCAGAAAGGAACCAGGAGGACAGGCUGGGUUCAUACGUCAUAUUCUGGAUGAAGGAAGAAGUUCAUGCUCCUUGGAUGAUGAUUGGACUGAGAUGAUGGAGGGAGAAUUCAUUAUCCAAAAAAAAAAAACUUUGUAGAAAAAGUGGCUACAGUGGCAGCGGUAGUACAGUAGUACAUUUCGUGAGAAUUCUAGUAAACCUAUCUAUCAAAAGAGAUUCUGAUUGAUUUCUUACACUGCAUGCGGAAAUUCCAGCUUAAUGACUGAAACCAGUUUAACAUAGAGAAUCUGCCGUCUGUCUUUUAGUUGUAAUGGCCAGGUUAAAGUGAAACCAGGACUGAAGCAGGAAGUGAUAGCAAACUCCACAGAGUCAGAGUGCUUUGAUUUCUGUAGAGUGAACUUCACAAGUGCACUAGGCUUUUUUUUUAAUUUUUAUUAUGUCCAAACCUGCAGAUUUUCUGUAGUACAUUUCCGGCUUUGAAUGUUCACACACACACACACACACACACACACACGCACGCGCGUUUCCCAGGCUGCUCGCUCACAAUCACUGACACUGAUAAUGAUUUGGGAAAGUACCGUAUUUUCUGGAAUAUAAUUUGCGCCAAAGAAUGCUACUCGAUUUUUUUCUGUUAAUGGAGGGAAAGGAAAACCCCACAAAAUACGGCACCGUGCAAAAAGUCUCCGGCGUCAUAGAUUUCUUUUAGACUUUUCUUAAACUCUAAGAGGUUUUGGCUAAGAAUUUGCAUUAAUGUCGAUGGAACAUUUUAGGUUUACAGAAACCGUAUUCAAUUGGUGUACUGCAUAAAAAUAUCAAACAAGCCAGGAGAGUAAAUUUCUCUGAAUAAUCUACUAAACAUUUAGCUUUUCUGUAUUGUUUACUGCACUGCAUAGUAUUUUAUUCAUGUUUCUUUCACAUAGCAGGCAUUUUAUUUUAUUCAGUAUUUUUUAAAUGUUGAUGAAGCUCAUUCAGCUUCCCAAAGAAGUCUCAGCACCUGGAAAAAAAGCCCUCUAUAGGCCAGAAAAUACGGUAACUUAUAUAAAAGAAAAAAAAAAAGAUGUUAUUGUUUUGUAGUUUUUCAUCCUGUGUCACAUCCUCUUGCAAACACACAGCUAUGGCUUCCAGUCUUAAGCCAAUAAAAAAAAUAUACAACAAAUAAAAUGGGGUAGAAAUAAAGCCAUGGACUGCUGACUCUGUAGCCUGAGCUGAAGAUUUAGGAACAUCUACACAUGAGAGAUAUCAGCACUCACUGUGUUAUGAGCCAGGCCAGGACGUGUUGUACAUAUCGUAACAGACGGAGGUGUAAAUUUGAAGAAAAGACUGUUUACAGCACCUUCGUUUGAAACAUCACUUCAUUGUUCUUCUGGAAAAGGACAGCUCCUGUCAGAUAUUGUGUAUAUUGUUUAUGAGAACCUUUUUUGGUACAUAAUAAUUUUAUUUUUGUAUGUUGUCACCAAGCGUGUAUGGUUUGCUGCACACUGUGCAUGGCUACUGUGUGCUCGGUGUAGAGACGAAGACACUUUUCUUAUGAGUUAUGAUAGCACGCCGAUUUGUCCGAAGCACCAAAUACAAACGUUCUUUUCACAUGG